UGAUUUCUCUAGAGAACGACACCCUUCUCCUCCUCGAAGCAUCUUUCCUCUUCACCAGCGUCAUGCACUUCUCCUUGUUAUUCCUCUUCCCUUUUCCACCUUAACAUCCCAUAACUUUUCUCUCUUCGUUUUGUCUGAACUCCAUAACUCAGUUUUUUUUCUCCUUCUAGAAAGAAUUGAGUUGAAAAUGGAGCAAGGGGUACUUGAUGAUAUCAUAAAUCGGCUUUUGGAAGUUAGUGGUAAAACAGGGAAACAAGUGCAGCUAUCGGAAGCAGAGAUCCGGCAACUUUGCGUGGUUUCUAAAGAGAUUUUCUUGCAACAACCUAACUUAUUGGAAAUUGAAGCACCCAUCAAGAUCUGUGGUGAUGUUCAUGGUCAAUAUUCUGAUCUUCUAAGGCUUUUUGAGUACGGUGGAUUGCCUCCAAAUUCCAACUACUUAUUUUUGGGGGACUAUGUUGAUCGCGGCAAGCAAAGUCUGGAGACCAUAUGUCUUCUUCUUGCCUACAAGAUAAAAUAUCCCGAAAACUUUUUCCUCUUGAGGGGAAACCAUGAAUGUGCUUCUAUAAACCGCAUAUAUGGGUUCUAUGAUGAGUGUAAGAGAAGAUUUAAUGUUAGGCUAUGGAAAGCAUUCACCGAAUGUUUUAACUGCCUACCAGUGGCAGCGCUAAUUGAUGAGAAGAUCCUGUGUAUGCAUGGAGGCCUUUCUCCUGAUCUCAAUAAUUUGGAUCAGAUACGAAGUUUACGACGUCCAACUGAUGUACCUGACACAGGUUUGCUCUGUGAUCUUCUCUGGUCAGAUCCAAGUAAAGAUGUUCAAGGUUGGGGAAUGAACGACAGGGGCGUUUCAUAUACUUUUGGGGCUGACAAAGUAUCAGAGUUUCUUGAGAAACACGAUCUGGAUAUCAUUUGCCGUGCUCAUCAGGUUGUAGAGGAUGGCUACGAGUUCUUUGCCGACCGACAACUAGUAACUAUAUUUUCAGCACCCAAUUAUUGCGGGGAGUUUGAUAACUCUGGAGCCAUGAUGAGUGUGGACGAGACUUUGAUGUGCUCCUUUCAAAUUUUGAAGCCUGCUGAUAAGAGGCCAAAGUUUAACAUGGGGAGCACAACAACAGCAAAGCCCGGAAACUCUCCAGCAGGAGUCAAGUCAUUCCUUGGUGCAAAGGUAUGAGAGCAGGAUUGGCAAACUAGAUUGCAUGCAUCACCGAUAAACCAGAAUUGGAGUUGUUUGAUUUCAAGAUAUUAUGCUCGACGAUGGGCCUUAGAAAAUGAUGCCUCUGUGGUAUGAAUUCGGGUUUUGAAGGUCGAAAGGUCGUAAUUGUCCUUCCUCUCUGAUAUUAAUAGCUGCUAUGAAUUUAAUAGUGUGUUGAGGUUCUGCUCUGUUAAAUGACAUUAUUCUUGGGGAGGGACAGCAUAUCUGAAUGUGGUACAAAUCUCAUGCUUCAUUCUCUUGAAACUUUUCUAUUUCAUGCAAUAUGACUUUUGAAGAUA